UUCCACUUCUGCGAUUGGGGCAGAUGGCCAUCCGUCAGCGCUGUCGCCCAACAACGGGGCUGCCUGCUUUAGGAAAGAAACCUUGAGCACCCUGUCCGGAAAGUGAGUCCUGGUCCAUGCUACGUAGGUCGGAGGUACUGGGAAGACUUCAUCUCUUCCAGAGUUAAGAAAAUCCUGCCAGGUCUAAGGAAAGAUGGGAAAUAGCAAAAGCCGAUCAAGGCAGAAUGUAUGUUCACAGUUUCUUCCUGCAGAGCGGGCUGAGAUGGAUAGAUUGUUUGCUACUCUGUCAUCGGAGAAAAGCAGCUCAAAUACCUCACCCAGAUCCUUCUCUCUGAAGGCAUUAAAGAGCCACAUUGGAGAAGCUCUUCCCCCAGAGAUGGUCACCAGAUUGUACAAUGGCAUGCGGAACGUUGACCCAGCGGGGAAGGCUAAGGGGCCCAGCGAGAGCAUCUCCCAGGAGCAGUUCACGGUUUCGAUGUCCCACCUGCUGAAAGGGAACUCCGAGGAGAAGAGUCUCAUGAUCCUGAAUAUGAUUUCCGUCACAGAAGGUCCUGUGAAGGCAAGAGAAGUUCAAAAGUUUACAGAGGAUCUGGUUGGCUCUGUAGUGCACGUGCUGAACCACAGACAGGAGCUGAGAGGCUGGACUCAGAAGAAAGGCUCAGGCCCCCCGCCCAGGGUGCAGGAGCUGGCUGCUCAGCUGUUCUCCGAGAUGAAGCUUUCAGACGGCAAGAAGCUUCUGGGGCCUCAGCUACUGGACUGUGACUGUGACCAAGCUAUGAUCGAGGACUGGGUGUUCAGGGCCCACCUCGUGGCCACGUUCCUGAGUGUGGUCAUCCACAGAGGCUUUCUCUUGCGCUUGUCCCUCAAUCUGACCACCCUGGUCCCUAAGUGUCAAGUUGACCAGGAGCAGGAGUUUGAGAGUGUCCUGGAUGUCCUGUCGGUCAUCUUUGUCAACUCCCACCUGCCCAGGGAGCAGCAGCACCGCUGGCAUCUGCUCUUCUCAACCGAGCUCCAUGGGCACAGCUUCGCCCAGCUCUGCGGGCGCAUCCCACACCGGGGGCCCUGCGUGGCACUCCUCGAGGACCACGAUGGCUAUGUGUUCGGAGGGUUUGCCUCCUGCUCCUGGGAAAUCAAGCCUCAGUUUCAAGGGGACGACAAAUGCUUCCUGUUCUCCAUCUCCCCCAACAUGGCCGUGCACACCUGCACGGGCUACAACAACCACUACAUGUACCUGAAUCACGGGCAGCAGACCAUCCCAAAUGGACUGGGCAUGGGAGGGCAGCACAAUUACUUUGGGCUGUGGAUCGAUGUUGACUUUGGGAAAGGACACAGCAAGGCCAAGCCCACGUGUACCACGUACAACAGCCCUCAGCUGUCAGCCAAAGAAGACUUCCAGUUCGAGAAGAUGGAGGUGUGGGCGGUUGGAGAUACCUCAGAGCUGAACCUGGCCAACAGCGGCAAGAGCAUUCUCGAUGUGGACCCCGAGGCUCAGAUCCUGCUGGAGGUCAGUGGGCGGGGUCUCCACAGCCAAGGGCUCCGGGAACCAUCUGACAACUAGUGAGGAGAAGCCCUGAGCUCGGGUCGUCCUGGACAGAGCGCACGGCCUGCUGGGGCUUCACUUUAACCGGUCACGUCUAGAUAGAUGUCCUGGAUGUGUUUAAUCAGAAGAGUAAAAUUCCUCUCAUGCCAUAUAUUGAUUGGUGGGUCUAUCUCCCAGAAAUCCUGAGUGUUAAAUUAGCAACUUAAUUUUUACUUUGUAUAUUUCAAAUUGCUGAAAUGCAAAGAUCCUGAGACCUUUGAGACCUUGGUUGGAAUCAGCGUUUGAUGAGCAUGUGAGUUCUUGUGUGUAGGGGGUUCCACCCACUGGGGGUCACCUCUGCAGGCUGUCCCAGUUAAAGCAUGUCUUGAUGUUCCAUUUCAACUGGUAAAGGACAGAGGUGUUUGGAUGUGAAUCUUGACGCUUUCUGACAAUAGUUUUCUAUGACGUGGAAUUUCUGUAUUUAUAAAAAAGCACAGUGUAUUAAUGAGGGAAACAGCUGAAGAUUUUGGAGAUAAUAGUGGCGUGAGUCCUCAAUACGUAUUUAUCAUAAGUUUCCACAUCUGCCUUUCUCAGCUGUGAGCAAAUGAGAAAAUGAGGAGAUUGACAGAGAAGCAAAGUUGUGGUUCUGUUAUUAAUUUAAAUGUGGGGGACAUUUGGGGGCCCUCAUAUGACCUCUUACAUAAGUUAGUGGUAACUUGGCAUCACUCCCCUGGGUUCUGGGUCUCCUGGCACCACACCUGUCAAUAUCACCUCCCUGCCAGUGAGCUGGGCUUCCGGGCAGAGCUGCCACCUCCCAGACCUGAAGCAACUGUAAACACACCAAGAAUUCCCUCCUUAAAGGAGCUGCGGGACCCUCUCUCACACAUAUAUCUCAUCCUCUUGUCUUUUACUGUAAGCUUUGACCUUUUCUUAUAGAGUUUGCCCUGAUUCUAAGCCAUAGCAAACUCAGCUGUUUGCAUUUUGCAAGUUCUGCAUUUUCUACUUUGCACUUGGCAAUGCCCUUGGCUGAACAGAAGGCCUUAUAAAUUAGCCUUCAAAAGAAAAGCACGUGCUUGGUGCGCGGAGAGGCAGCAACGCGACACACACAGACUCAGCCAUGAUUGAUUUUCCUUAAAAAAAGCCAGUUUCUUAAUAGCUUCUCAAGUACAUUGAGUGACUUCCUCACUGAUGGGGUAGUAGUUACAGGAUAUUGGAAUCCUCAGAUAUCUUUGCCAUAAAUCUGAAGAAUUAGGUCUCAAAUCUUCAAUUUGUUGUGGAAUUUAUAUGUAUAUAUAUAUAUAUAUCAAUUAAAUACCUCACUAAUAAAAGGUUCCUUGGCGUCCAUACCUCCAGUACC